AUGGGGCCUGAAAAGUUACACCAAAAGAGACCAGGCAAUUCCCGCAGAUCGAGCAGUGAAAAAUCCAUCACACAAUCGUCAAAACAUGGUGUGAAGACGACGACCCACGGCAAGUCACGAUCAUCGAUGCCAGAUUCGCCAUCCACCGGUCCCUCCUUGCCCACCGGCUCAGAGAAGCGCAACAAAGAAGGAAAGGCAGGUGAAGGAAGCGACGCCGGUUCAUCUAAAGAGACGACCAAGACACGACUGGUACCCAGCGACAUUGUAGAAGGACAAGAUGAGCGCAUUCAAGAUUCGAACGAGGAGCUGGAACGGCUGCGCGCCGCCAUGGACGCCCGCAUUCUCUUGAACCAACAACGAGAGAGGUUGACACGUAAGAUGAAUUUACAGCCAGACCCAGCGACCACCCUUUCCUCCCUAAGUGGCAAAUCGCGAGUGUCGCCCAUACAUGAAGAAGCUUCUUCCCCAUCUCUGGAAGAUGCCUUUGCCAGCCCUACUACAGCACCAGAGACUGGGUCAACCGAGUCGGUUGCGACAGUCCGUGGGGGUAUGACGCCUGGUCUUCAAAAUGUACGGACCCCUUCCUACCCCUUCCCUCCCAUGAGGACUCCUAGAAAUCUCAGUUACACAAGUCAUCGCCCUUUCACCGCGCUUUCUCCCACAGUCAACCCAUCCAAUUAUGCUGGCGGCAAUUUUGAUGGCAGCGCAUAUGAUCGCGUUCAGUCUGGCUCUGUGACUCCGGCAUCUACGUUGAACUUUCACCCGCGAGGGACGUCACCGCCAAUGGACGAUCCCGUCUACGAGACGCCUAAUUUAUACGACAUCAGUCUUAUGUUAAUGUCCGAGCCUGGUUUAGAUUCUUGGUGGACGACGGUCGCGAAGAUAAUGAAAGAUCUGUACAAGGCAGAACGUGUCACCUUGACAAUUCCUGCUGAUCCGACAGAUGUCGAGAACGUGCCGUGGGCGCAAAAGGCAACUUUCGAUUCAACCCAAGAGGAUGAACUCAGCCUGACUUACCUACCACGAGGGAGCAGUCUCGUACCUAGUAGCGCUGGGACUAAUGAAGGAUAUCAGGACGACGAAAACGAGGCGUCCGAACAGUCGCCUCUAUCUCCCUGGCAAAGUCUAGGUCCUCCGCGACCAACGCUUGAGAGCAGACAUUCCUUCACUGCUUACGAAGACACCAAGCGUGAAACUAUACCGGUUGUCGACCCUGGUACCGUCAGAAGUGCUGCUCUACGUCCAUCCAUGGUGGGCAGAGCCAAGAGCUAUGCGCCUUCCCACUCAAAUAUGCCUCCACGUACUACUAUUCUCCAGAAAGCGGAGCUUAAUCUACAAUCUUUGCAACAUCACAUGAAUUUUGAAGAUUCAUCUUCGCCAGUGGACUGGGAGAGCCGGGUCACGGCUGGAAAGGAAGUGCGUGGACGCGUAUUUCCUGUGCUGCAGGCCUUGGAAUAUGAAGCAGACCCACUGAUAGAUAACACCGGGGUAAUGAGGGUAUUGGAUCGCGAGAAGCUAGUAGUUUUAACCCGCGAUUAUCCGUAUGAGGACAAAACCGUUUCCGAAGAUAACACCAGUGGCAGUGGAAGUAAGACUUCUCAGCGCAGUUCGAGCGGAAAGACUAAAUCGUCAUCGGAAAAAGCGAAUAAAUCAAAAGCUCCUGAUCUAAGCUCGCGCAUUCAGAAUUUCUUUGGUGGUAAAAGCAGACACCCGCGACACACGAACCGCGAACCUGCUGCUCCGACCCGAUAUGAGGAAUACGAGCAAGGGCCACCGUCGCCAUGGUCUCAGUCGCCAGCGCCGUCUCCAGCUGUUCGAGCAGAAACUACCGAAAACCCUUUCUUCGCCAAUCAGACUAUUGAUGAAGAAAGCUUCGAUCCCGCGCAGACACCAAAGGACUACUCGCAAUCCUCACAGCUUGAAGCUAUCGGAGUUGACAGAUCUUGGACCGUCCUCCACGUCCCUCUCAUGCACCCUCUUCUCUCAAAGCCUCUCCAUGCCUUUCGGUUAGACACAGCUGCUCUCGAGUCCAGAUCUACCUUGCGUGGCAGAGGCUCUGAACAUAAAGCGAAACCGAAAGACUCGGAACCUGUGAACGAACGCAGGACACCCGUCGCGAUACUUUCUCUCCUGAGUCCUAUUAUUCCCUAUCCCUCGAACCUGCGACAUUCACUCGAAUAUCUAGCACCACAUCUUGCUUCGUCGUACACACUUUGCCGGCAUCAUUCAAAUCUUCAGACAGAGAUUGCUGGAUUGUCAAGAAAAGGCCCCCGGCAAGCUGGCUUUGGCGCAGUGGUGACAAAUACCCGUCCGACGAAUGAAAAUAUCGACCCAGGAUCAGCGUCACCAGUAGAAGAAGCAGGAGAUCUUCCAUCUACUGGUGGCAGCAUCACCAGCCCAAGCGACUAUUCAGGCGUCUCUAAAAGCGCUACGGAUUCUCCCGCAGGUACGCCUGGCUGGGAAUCUGGCAAUGUAGCGUAUGCUCGAAGCGACAAAAGAUCGAGUGGAGGAAGUCCUGGUUACGCUGGAGGUGAGAGUUAUUUUGCUCCAAAGCCAAGACCCUCCAUGGUCAGAGUAGAUACAGGAUCUGCUUCUAGCAUCUCUGGUGCUCGACGUUCGUCUAAAGAGAGUUCUCCGACGGAUACGAGGUUCCACUUAGCUGGUAAGAUUCUUGAAGACAGACGAAUGGGUUCGGAAAGUGUUGAUAUUAGGGUGGAUGAUGGCGUGGCGAAACUUGACAGCGAGAAUCCUCGUUCACGACAGGAGCUACAUUCGUGGAACGAUCGUUCAGCACGAGAUUCUAAGUUUGAGUCAACUCCCGAAGAUAGAGCGGCAAGUCCAUCACGAGCUUCCCAUCAUGAUACCACGUUGUCUCCUCGGAGACAGGCCAUGCGUACAGCCUCCCAUCAGGGGUCUGCGAAAGAACGUGCUCACACCCAGUUACACUCUUAUGGCGCGGAUUUCAGCUCCACGUUUCAGUCUCUUCCGACUGCGGUUAUUUCGGGCAUGAAAGCCCCCGUUGGUGCCAGACCGACCUCACGCUCGGGAUCGAUAUCCUUGCCGACCGAAAUGCCCCCUCCGUCAGAUCGGGUGAAAGGAUUGAUGCUUGAUUCUUUGCCAGCACACGUUUUUGUGGCCAUGCCACCUUCCGGUGAAAUCGUCUGGGUUAACAACAGAUACUUAACUUACCGGGGGCAGACUGUUCAGGACUUGUAUCAAGAUCCGUGGGUUAGCUUACAUCCCGCAGAGCGGGAUGAAUAUCUCAAAGCCUGGGGGCACGCAAUCCGAUCCGGGGAGCAAUUCUCGAAGCAGGUUAGAAUCCGGCGGUUCGAUGGAUGUUAUCGAUGGUUUUACACAAGGGCUGUCGGACAUCGUGAUCAUCGCGGAGUGAUUGUUCAGUGGUACGGAACGCACAUGGAUAUCCACGAUCAGCAUUUGGCGGAGGUCAAAGCUGCUAGGCAAGAGGAAAUUGAAGCCUCGGAAGCUAAGCAUCGGCAACUCGCGAAUCUUAUUCCACAGAUAACAUUUGCAGCAACUGAGGAUGACGGCAUCACGUUUGCCAACGAACAAUGGCUUUCAUACACAGGCCAAAGCUUCAGCGAUGCGCUUGGCCUGGGCUUCAUGGACCACAUUCACCCGGAAGAUCUUGCCAAAUGCCACAUCCCUCAGCAGCGGCCAAACCUGACUCCUUUUACUGCGCGCGCGAAAAAACCACCGCCUGCUAAUCGAAUGCACUCUCAAACAUCAUCUGGGGCAACCUCAUCCUCAAAGUCUUCCAAAACCACCACCGUUUCCGACGUGCCUACAGAGACCACGGUUAAGGGUAUCUAUCAGUCGCUAUCAAGGCAGAAUAGCUCAAGCAGCGAAUCUGUAUACGAAUUUCCCAUAGCCGAACUCGCCGACUUGGCGAAAGCUGGUGUCAUCAAAAUUACUACAGACAGCGACGGGAAGCAGUCCUACGAAACAGAAGUACGUCUCAGGUCCAAAAGUGGAGAGUAUCGCUGGCAUCUUGUUCGGUGCGUUGAAGUUGAAAACAUAGCCCUCGGUAGUGGCGAUGGCUCAUGGUUCGGGGCCUGCACCGACAUUCACGAUCACAAGCUUCUGGAAAAAACCCUCAAGGAGAAUAUGGACGUUAAGGCCAGGUUUCUUAGCAAUAUGUCGCACGAAAUUCGAACCCCUCUUAUUGGAAUUUCUGGCAUGGUUAACUUCCUCCAAGACACACCUCUCACUGACGAACAAGCUGAUUAUUCGAACACCAUCAAGUCGAGCGCUGACAGUCUCCUUAACAUCAUUAACGACAUACUGGAUCUCUCCAAGGUCGACGCCGGAAUGAUGAAGUUGUCCUAUCAAUGGUUCCAUCCUCGGUCUUUAGUAGAAGAAGUUAAUGAAAUAUUGUGUUCUCUAGCGAUAACCAAGAGGAUUGAAUUAAAUUAUGUGGUGGACUCUGACGUACCCGACAUGGUCAAAGGAGACAAAUUCAGAAUUCGACAAGUUCUGUUGAACAUUGUUGGCAACGCAAUUAAGUUUACUACCGUAGGCGAGGUUUUCAGUCGUUGUAGGGUUGUGAAAGACACGUCUAUCGGCGAGAAUGAAAUCAUGCUAGAGCACUCAAUCAUUGACACUGGAAGCGGUUUCACCCAACAAGAAGCGGAGAUGAUUUUCAAGCCUUUUAGUCAAAUCGAUGGGAGCAGCACACGUACUCAUGGAGGCACAGGCCUGGGUCUAGUAAUCUCUCGACAGCUUGUCGAACUUCAUGGAGGGAAAAUGGAGGGAAGUGCUGUACCAGGACAAGGAUCAACCUUCACAUUUACUGCGAAGUUCGCUCUUCCCACAGAAGAAGAUCACCCCAACCUUCCUCCGUUAACUCCGAACGUUUUUACACCUGCCAUUAGCAAAGAUGCGUCGCCUAUUCGAAGUUCAUUUUCAAGCGAUCCUAUCAUGAGCCGCAUCCCUCCUUAUGGUGCACGUUUUCCCAAUAUUGCCGGUCAAAUUCUACAGUCUCCACCUAUAGACAGCCCCAAAACGGAACGGAGUUUGGACUCACCUACCGUAAUGUCGUCGAGCGGUUCUGAGCCUUCUAUCCGCUCCUUUCGUUCUCAAGCUACACACAGAUCCUCUAGCUCGUCGACUACUCAAAACCUUUCACAAAACCUUGCUAAUUUCAGCCGAGCAGCACGAGCCGGCGCUUCUGAUCUCAGUCAAAUGAAGCUGGCGUUACCAGAGCGGCCAUCUUCAGGCUCCGGUCUGACACCAACCGCGCCACAAACACCGAUGGGAAGCAAUUCGUCCCAAGAAGGGCUUUCGCGUACUGGCAGCGCCACGUCUACAGACUUGAAGCAUAUCCGCCCGCCGAUGUACUCAAUUUUGAUUGUCUGCCCGCAGACACAUAGCCGGGAAGCAACAGCCCAUCACAUCGAGAUGAUCUUGCCCCAAGAUGUUCCUCAUCAGAUCACAGCGUUAGCAUCCGUAAAGGAAGCCCAGUCCAUGAUAAGCGGAGAGGAUCCAAUCAAUUUUACUCAUAUUGUUCUGAACCUUGGCUCGAAAGAGGAGAUUGUCGAUCUAAUCGAUCAGAUAGUUGCAUCGAUAUCUUUACCGACGACGUCGAUCGUUGUGCUUUCUGACCCAGUCCAACGACAGGAGAUUGUCAAGAUGACGACUGAGUACGAUUACGAACAACUUGUGAGAGACAGGCGAGUGACAUUUGUUUUCAAACCCGUUAAACCUUCGAGAUUCGCUGUUAUCUUUGAUCCGGAACGAGAGCGAGAAUUUAGCACUGAUCGCAACCGCUCAACUGCUCAGCAGCAGGUCGCGGAUCAAAAGCAGAGCUACCUUGACGUCACUAAGCGUCUCGGAAAUAGGGGUCUCAAUGUUCUUUUGGUCGAAGAUAAUCCCGUUAACCAAAAAGUACUUCUCAAGUACUUAAACAAGAUCAACAUUGCGGUUGAACUCGCGCUCGAUGGUGUGGAAUGUACUAAGAAGGUGUUUUCUCACGAUCACUCCUAUUAUUCGCUUAUUCUCUGCGAUCUUCACAUGCCUAAUAAAGAUGGAUACGAAACCUGCCGUGAGAUCAGGAAAUGGGAGGCGACAAACAAUCUUCCAAGAAUGCCUAUAAUUGCCCUCUCUGCAAAUGUAAUGGCGGAUGUAAUGGAUAAAUGCAUUGAGGCUGGCUUCAACAAUUAUGUCACCAAGCCUGUAGAUUUCAAGGCGCUAAGCACGACUAUGAGCGAGCUGAUUGAUCCAGGUGGGAAUUUCUGA